AUCUCAUUCAAUUCUCAACCGAAUACAACACUCGUUUUGUUUGUAAUCCCAGGCAUGAGCAAGAGUGAAUUUGAAACGAUGUCGAACGCUCCCGAAGAUUUCAGCAUCCGAUCUCCAGUUCCUCAAUACCAAGCAAUGCAUACUCCCGCGUCAACUGCCAUCGGCAGCCACGAUAUCGCCGGACCUAAUGUCAAAUACUGUCACGUCGUCCACUGCAACCAUGGAGAAUCUCUUGGUGAGGGCUCCCGGGCAAACGUCGUGCCUGUCGCCCUCGUUGAGAGAUGGCCGGCCUUGAUCGAGUGCCCUGCUUGCAAGGGCGUCACUCCCACUACAACGGACCAUACCAUUGGCAAAGGAGCGCACUGGAUGGCCGUCAUGCUGUUCUUCACCACUGGUGUUGGUGUGUUCGCUCCGUAUGCCAUGAGGCCUUUCAAGGACGUCGUUCACAGCUGCCAGCGAUGCGGACGAAAGGUAGCGACUCGGCGAUUCGGCGGUGGCACCAAGGCGCACCUUAUGUGAAGUGGGAAUCUUGAGCAGACUCAGGGACUAUGCUGCCAUUAUGUCAUAUCCUACUACGACUCUUCCCUUUGUUAUGGCAUUGGUGUAAAUGAGAUACGACUGGUUCGUCAAACACUGUCUUCUACCUAGGUUAAUCUGAGCUUCCUUCCAUCCCGUUCCAACAAUGGACCCUUGUCAUCGUCAAGGCUUAAGCGUCC